CAGAGAUCGUGGGAAAAUACGAGAAUAAAACUGAAAAUUAUAUUCGCUGGCGGCGCCUUCUCCUCUCUCCCUCUGAUCUGAUCCAAUGCGGGCGGCUACCGUACUCUCGCAUCCACUUCCUCUCCCGGCGAUCGCCGCCUCGAAGCACCUUCGCAACCAAACACGUUCCAGCAUUCAAUUCUCAUUUCCGCCGCUGCGGCCGGCGUUCAGAGUUUCUCCAUUGAAGUACCGAGAGAGUCAGAAGCGAGGUUUGCGAGUGACUAAUGGCCUCGAGCCGAAAAUUGCAGAAAGCAGCGAGGAGGAUCCGACGGAGAGAAAGAGUGGUGGGAGUUCGAAUUCGGAUCCAGGAUGGAUUCGUGCUUUCCCUCAUGUGCUUACAGCUUCCAUGUCCAAUUUCCUGUUUGGCUAUCACAUUGGGGUGAUGAAUGGACCUAUAGUUUCUGUUGCGAGGGAGCUGGGUUUUGAAGGGAGUCCGAUACUUGAGGGACUUGUGGUGAGCAUAUUCAUCGCUGGUGCAUUUUUCGGAAGCAUUGGCUGCGGCUCGCUGGCUGAUAAACUUGGAUGCAGGCGGACAUUUCAGAUUGCUACUGUUCCAUUGAUUCUUGGUGCAAUCAUAAGUGCACAAGCGCACUCGUUGGAAGAAAUACUUGGUGGACGAUUUCUGGUUGGCCUUGGGAUUGGUGUGAACACAGUUCUGGUUCCGAUCUAUAUAUCAGAGGUUGCUCCUACAAAAUACAGAGGCUCCCUGGGAACUUUCUCUCAGAUUGGGACUUGCCUCGGUAUCAUUGCAUCUUUGUUACUUGGAAUUCCUUCAGAAACUGAUCCCCACUGGUGGAGGACGAUGCUAUAUCUUGCUAGUCUUCCUGGAGUGGUCCUUACACUAGGCAUGCAGUUUGCAGUAGAUAGCCCCCGCUGGCUGUAUAAAGUGGGAAGAAUAGAAGAUGCAAAAUCAGUUAUCUAUAAUCUUUGGGGCCCAAGUGAAGUUGAAAAGGCAAUAGAAGAAAUUCAGGCAGUAGUUAAGAGUGAUGGCAAUGAUAGAGGUGGUACAUGGUUGGAACUGCUGGAGCAACCACACUCUCGAGUUGCAUUUGUUGGAGGUUCGCUUUUCUUAUUGCAACAGUUUGCCGGCAUAAAUGGAGUUCUUUACUUUUCAUCCUUAACAUUCAAGGAUGUGGGUAUAACAAGCAGCGUGUUGCCAAGCAUAUUCAUUGGAAUCAUCAAUUUUGCAGGUGCACUAUCUGCUCUAUACUUGAUUGACAAGGAAGGAAGAAAGAAGCUAUUAAUUGGUAGUUACUUGGGGAUGGCACUUUCAAUGUUUCUCGUAGUAGUUGCUAUAAGCUUGCCACUCAAAGAACAACUUAGCCACAUCACAUCUAUACUGGGAACUCUGCUGUACAUAUACACCUUUGCCAUCGGGGCUGGUCCAGUUACUGGCAUGAUCAUACCAGAACUCAGCAGCUCCAGGACUCGCGGCAAGAUCAUGGGAUUUAGUCUUUCCGUUCACUGGGUCUGCAACUUCUUGGUCGGUCUAUUCUUUCUCGACAUGGUAGAGAUCUACGGAGUUGCCCCUGUUUAUGCUGCAUUUGGCAGCAUGUCGUUGUUAUCGGCGAUAUUUGCUCACUACUUCACCGUUGAAACUAAAGGCCGGUCACUGGAGGAGAUUGAGAUGUCAUUGAAAUGAGCCUGUUUAGAUUCUGGUAGAACCAAUUUGUAUCAUAACUUCUUAUGUUUGAUGUUGAAAGACUGAAUGCUUUUCAAUUUUAAUCUAGGACUCAGUUGCUUGCUUCAUUUGGAAACUGAAGCGAUGUAUUGUAUAUAAUCACACUUUAUCUUGGAGUCUUGAAGGUAGGGGUGUUCAAACUUCAAACGGAUUGGUUAUCGUGGUAACCAUAUUAACCGGUAGUAUUCGGUUAAUUUGGUUUAGUUAAUUUGGAUAAUUGGUUUGGUUUGGUUGAA